CACCAGACAGACUCCCUCACCCCGCACCCCCAACCCCUCCCUUGUCCGCGGAAAAUGUCCUACGCAGUCGAGACGAAAAAGCGCAAAUUCCACCGAGUCCUCGAAUCCCUGACCAAACCCUCCACCCCCAGUCCCGCAAAAUCAACUGCCUCCGAACCGCCCGCGACCGGCUCAUCGACCAAGAAAGCUCGUCUGGACACCGAUAACCUGUCCAUUGCGCGAAGCUCGAUCCUCAAGGUCACGCGCCCGACCUCCCGCGAUUCCUCCGUGUCCUCGCCGUCCCGACCGAGCUUCGUCCCGUGGGAUCGCGAGCGCUUUCUCGAGCGAUUGGAGACAUUCCGGCGCGUGGACCGAUGGGCCCCGAAGCCGGCGGCGAUCAGUGAGGUGGAAUGGGCCAAGCGCGGCUGGGUCUGUACGGAUGUUGCGCGGGUGACUUGCGUCGGGGGAUGCGGGGGGUCGGUGGUCGUGAAGCUGCCGGAUGAGUUGGAUGAAUUGGAUGGGUUCGAUGGCGAGAAGGUGCAGGAGAGGAAGGAUGUUCGCGCCCAACUCGUGAACGAAUAUGCGAAUAUGCUGGUCAAGGGUCACGGAGACUCGUGCCCGUGGAGGAACAAGGGUUGCGAUGCCACCAUCCAUCGGAUACCGCUCGCAAACCCCGAAUCCGCAAUCUCCGGCCUCCAGACUCGUUACUCCAACCUUGUCAAAAUGGCCGAUCAAUUGCCUGCGCAAGACGUCAUCCAGACACCAGAGUCGUUCGAUCUCGAGAAACUCGUCAGCACGCUACCAGCCGGCUUCAACGCCCCCCACGAGGAAGAACUCAGUAUCGAAAGAGACGAAAGAGCAGAGACACCCACACCCCAGGCCGUCAACGGGACCCAAGACCCCGCUCCUCCGCCCUCCCCCUCUCCCUCCCCCUCGCCAUCAUUCUCCACAACCGCCUUCACUCUAGCGUUUUUCGGCUGGGACACUGUCCCCGACGGAACGGCCGGUCUGGCCGGCUGCAGCGUAUGUUUCCGGCGCCUGGGCCUAUGGAUGUACAAACCCAAGAGCAACGGAGACGCUGCCCUCUACGACUCACUGGACGUGGUCGGCGAACACAUGGAAUACUGUCCGUGGGUGAGCGGAAAGGCCCAAAGCGGCUCCGGACGGACGUCAGAGAAGUCAGAAAACCUGCGAUGUGGAUGGGAGUUGCUGGGCCAGGCGCUCAACGUGCGACAUCGUCGGCAGAUCAGAUCGACUGUUUCUGUUUCCGGGGGCAGUCGGGCUGUUUCUGAGGCGCCGUCUACGGAUGAACUGGUUGUCGACGAUACCAAUCACGAAGCUAGGAAGGCUAGCGAUCGAGAAUGGUGGGCUAAGCUUCGUCGGAUGAGACAGGUCUUGAGUGUUAAUUCUCUGAGGAAGAAGUCGGCGCAGUGAUGGCUUUAGGCAUUUUGCUAUUUUGGUCUUUGCAUUUGUUGGGGUUACAUGCAGCGUGGCGUUCAUGGCGGUACCAUAUACACAUAGUCUUUCGUGGUGAUAUUUAUAGUGAUCAUACAUUUUGU